AUGAAAUUUAAGUAAUCAUCUGUUAUAUUUGAACAGGUUAUAAAUAAAUAACCGAUAGAUUUAAGUAAUCAUCUGUUAUAUUUAGUAGAAGUACGUAAUCUCGUGAGCGUGGCAUGGAUUAAACUUGGGACUUCUAUGAUUACGGGUAUCCUUGGGUUGUUAUUAACCGUGUAUUCGGUAUAUGAGCUGUGGCACGCUGAUGGACCCAAUCUUUCUAUAGCGCCACUCAAAGCGAGCGCGCGAAAGGAUGCCGGUGUGCUGUAAUAGAAGCUUGAACGUCUUUCACCUGUCGUCCCUGUUCUCUGUCAGGACUUUUGUCGAACACCUUUCGGCAUUGACGACAACAAGGUUCAAUCCCAACAGAACCAACCGAAAACCCUUAACUACUAAAGCAGCCAUCAGAACUCACUUUUUCGAAUCCCUAAAUCCUCUCCAGAAAGAUCAAAUUCAUCUUUACGUCGAUACACUUCUGCAAUGGAACCGGAAGAUGAACCUGACUGCUGUGACAGAAGCAAGUGAGGUUAUGGAAAGGCACGUUGAGGACUCACUUGCCAUUUUACCUCCCAUCCGGAGCUCAUAUUCAUCACAUUGCGAAGCUUCAUACGACAAUCUCAGCCUCGUCGAUGUCGGAAGUGGCGCGGGGCUUCCCGGAUUAAUACUAGCCAUAGCGUGCCCGGGUUGGAAAGUAACACUGCUGGAGUCCAUAAACAAGCGCUGCCUGUUCUUGGAACAUGCAGUUGGUGUCAUUGGUUUGCCAAAUGUUCAAGUCAUACGGGAAAGAGCUGAGAAUUUUGGACAGAAUCUUGCCUUCAGAGAAACGUUUGAUGUAGCGGUGGCUAGAGCUGUUGCAGAACUGAGAAUUUUAGCCGAAUACUGUCUUCCUCUAGUUCAAGUGGGUGGUUUGUUUGUAGCUGCAAAGGGUCAUGAUCCUCUGGAGGAAGUUUCAAGUGCCAAAAGAGCAAUUCAGUUGAUGGGAGCUUCAGUAUUGCAAAUAGACUCUGUGGAAUCACAUAGCCCUUAUGGACAGAGAACUGCUGUACUAUGUCUAAAAGACAGACCCACCCCAAAGAAGUAUCCCCGUGAUCCAGGUCAAUUUAUCAAACCUACUCAUGAAUCAUUAUCCAAUUUAGAUACCGAUGGAUGGGUUUAUAUUUGUGUAAUAUAAUGGUAGCAAUUGAAAUCUUGCAUUUUUAUAUAUAUUAGGGAAAGAGACAUCUUGGCUAGCUUUUAGUCCUUUCAUAGCUUUCUUUGUGUGGUCAUUGGAUGGGUCAUAGGUUGGUCUCUUUCCCUUUUCCUUUAAACAUAUUGCAUUUGAGGAUCAAUGGCAGAUUACUUGUAAUUGCUAGUUUUAUGCCUUCAGUGAAAAGGUUUGCAUGCCAUGGUCCUUUUGAACAAGGGAAAUGCAUUGGCUUGCCCUUCUGUUGUGUUCCCAAGAUUACCCUCUUUGGCUUUGUAGUCAACCUUGAGGAUGACUAACUAGGAAAAUUUGGCACCACUUAGAAUUCAUGAUUGAUCAUUCGAAUUGGUUUAUAACCCAUUUACGCCACUUUUUGUUUGCUCUUCAUUUUGAACCCGGAUUUGAAAAACUAAAUUUUAGUUUUCAAUUAAAAAUCUACUUAAUUUUGCACGAUUAGGAUGUCAAUUUAAUUUGGAAUUUUUUUUUUAUAACAAUAAAAACCUACUGCACACGUUACUUUUUAGUUGUGUGAUGUGUAAACUCACUUGACAAAGUCAAGGCGGCAAUGGAAAUGGAAGGAUAUUACACAAUAAAUGACCAUUCAUACUCUUUUAAUGGAAAUAUAGGGUGUGACUUAAGUCAAGGAUAAAUUUAAAC